CUGAGUACCUCUGCCCUUUCCCGUUCGGACGGACGGGAGUCGUAGGUCCUUCACUUACACGUAACUGAAGUGUCCAACCCUACACUAGUAGCACCGCUUCCAGACCCCCGUCGUCAUGGCAUGCCUGGACCUCCCUCCCGUCUCUCUCCCCCGUCGGAAUGCUGGGAUAAUUGAUGGCUGAUACCCCGCCCAUUAAAACUACUUCGUUGCAUCGAUUUCAUCGGCUGGACCCCGUCCAUGUGUCUUGGACUUUUCCAUCAAAGUAUCACAUCCCCCCCCAAAGACCCCAACAGGCGUCCCAAGCUUCCAACAUCAAAACGACUCCUUUCAUCAUCAUUCCUGGAGAGUUAACAGCCCCUUCAACAAUCACUACAUGUGGUGACGAGCCCCGCCAUCAUGCUGUACGAAAACUUGACUGAAAAGCGAACCGAUCCUCUCACCGGGGAAAAGGAAGAGAACCCCAUCACCGGCGACACGGGUCCUGGAACAGGGCUUCAGGAUCUCCUGCCUCUGCCCGCCGAAGAUGCUCAAGACAUCCUGCAAUCCAAAAAGGCCUUUGACAAGUCAGCAGGCGGUCUUGAAGAUGGCCACACACUUUCUCAUGCGCUGGCCACCGAGGACCACAAGCUAAAGGGCGCCGCCCAGCUCAAGACCGAAAAGGAAGUUAGCAACCUGGGCUGGAACGAGCCCAAGCGGGAGAUCGCGGCCCCUCUGGUUGGCGGCAUUGACAAUGAAGAGCUAUGGAUGCUCGUCCGCCGCUUCAACAAGCAAAUCAUCCACACAAAGGCAGUCUUCACUCCCGUGCCCGGUGGUCUGGACCUCAACACGGCGGAGGAGGAGGAAUUUUCCCCCGACAAGAUGCGCGCUAACAUCGAGCGUCUCUACACCACCGUCGUUGUCGGCAUCCUCGCUGCCGUCAAGCACAUUGCCCGCCUUCGCUCCUGGCGCGAGAAGGAGCGAACGGCUUGGUUUGCUGGAGUCUACUUUGUCGCCUGGCUGUUUGACUUUAUCAUGCCCCUUAUCACCGGCGUGAUCAUUGCGCUAAUUGUCCAUCCCCCUACGCGCGAGCUGCUCUUCCCGCCAGCACCCAUUGCCCUUGUUGACUCCAAGACUGGUGGCGUGCAAAAGCCGUGGGCGGGCACUGUCGGUAGCAAGGACAGUGCUACGGGUGCCCCUGAGAAUCACAAGGGUGAGGCGGUUGAACAGGAAGCUGAUAACUUGGUCCACGGACUUGCUGAGCUGGCUGUGAGCAGUGCGGCUGGUAAACAUCCUGCCGGAGAUGUCCAAGAUAAGACCAAGAAACCCAUGGAACUGGCCAUGUGGGCCAAACUUCGACCUGUUAUGCAAGUAAUUGGUAACAUCAGUGACAACUGGGAGCGAUUGGCCAACGCCCUAUCCCCUACUCCUCCCUUCCCAAAGGACACGCACCGUCUACGUCUAGCAAUCCUCGUAAUCCCCCUCUUUGGCGCCUCCCUCUUCGUGACCUCAUAUAUGUUUGUCAAAUCCCUCACCUUCUUUUUCGGCUUCGGCAUGUUUGGCGACCCCGUCGUUCGCCCCGGCAUGGAAUACCUCAAUCGCGUCAUCCCCGACUGGCAAAAGCUCCUCGAGCUGCGCAACACUCUGCUGAAGGGCGUCCCCACCAACGCCCAGCUGACCCUUACCCUCCUACGCAUCGGCGAAGCCAACAAGGCUCCUCUUCCCCCUGUCCCGCGCGUAAUCGAACAACCCGUCCAAGACCCAGCCAACGGCCCGGCACCCCUCGACUCGGAAGCCCAAAUGAGCGCUGAGGCAGCCGCCCACCCGCUUGAAGCUUCUCCCUCAGAGCUAGACGAAGCAGCGCACACGGAUCCCAAAGACGACCUGCGAGACGCAGGCUUCGACGUCGACUCCCACCCCAAGAACAAGCAGACUAAGAAAUCCCACAAGGUGUUGGGCUGGAUCAAGAACGUCACUGCCGGCGUAGUCCACACCGGCGGCGCCACCGAUCACGUCCGCGCCAAGCUGGGCGCGCACCACGCCAAGGACCGCCUUGGCGUCGUUCCGCCCAAGGACGAGAUGCCCGUUUCGGGUCCAGUCAGAUUCGAUUGUCGCCAUGAAGGCAAGAAGGGACAUUGUUACAUUUCUACCGCCGCUACCAUCCCCAGCGUGGCGUUUGUUGCGAAGAAGGAUGAGAGUAGCACGACGGUGAUUGCGGGUAAAGAGAGGGAGGACCUGAAACCGAUGUGGACAGUGGCGGUGGCGGAUAUUAUGGAACUGAAGAAAGUGGGCGGGUAUGGAUGGAAGGCCAAGAUUGUGGUGGACUGGAGUAUGGAGAGGGAGGUCAAGGAUGGACUGGAGAUUGUGACGAUGGAGGGGAAGAGGUUCAGAGUGACGGCGUGCCCGUUGAGGGAUGAGUUGUUUAAUCGGUUGGUGGCGAUGGGCGGGCAGAGGUGGGAGGCUUGGUAGUUUUUGUUUGUCCUUUUUCUUUUAUUGUUUUAUUUAGGUAAUUUUCUCCUUAUUUCAGGUCGUUUUUUUUCAGAACACUUCUUGUUAUUUUGGGAAAGGAAGGGAACGAAGGGAAAGUGUACUCGUAGUUGUCUUGAUUUUGUUCUUUCUCAACCAAGGUACUUAUUUAUGUACCUAGUAAUGAUAUUGUCGACGACGCUAUGAGCUACAUAUUCUGCACUAACAAACAACCAAC